AUGGCGACUACUAGCGCCCAAACUCUGCCCACAUCAUCGCCUAGACAAGAUUUGGGAUCGUCGGAGCAACGCUCGUCCACUCCCGAGAAAUUUUGUCGAAAAGAUUUCCAACCGCCAAAAAUUUGCACGACUGUGCGUUGUACUGUUCCAAACUGUAAGUGCGAUUGUUUCGUACCAGGGAAGAUACGUUUGCGGUAUUGCGAGAACUGCAAUCAUGGCUGGGUACCUCAUGCAUUGGACAAGUUGGGACUGCGACAUCUCUUCAGUAUCAGUGCUUAUGAGCCGGUAGACGUGAAUGCGGUGUCUGAUGUCGCCAGUUUGAUCCUGUACGGGUGUCAAACGAUACCGAUCCGUCUUAAAUUGCUUCUCGAUCGAUUGUUGUCUGUGCUAAGUAAGGAACAAGUGAUUCGAGUGUUGCAUGGAUUUGGUUGGACCGCGGACGACUACUCUAGAGGAUAUAUUUUGCAGCAGUCAUACGGCAGCACUCUGGACCGAUGGAGCAUAUGUAAUCCCGAGGAGGAGCCUCUGGUCCUCCAGCAAUUUCUCAGGUUCGGAGAAACCAGAGCCAUAACGCAACAGCUCCUUUUGGCGCAACAGGCCCUUCAGGAUCGCACCCUGGAGCGUCUGGAGCGCCGACACUCGCCGCACCUACGGGCGAUGUCACCCAGUCGUCGCCCAUCGCCGCCGACCGUACCGCCGCCGCCGUUCCACCCCCAAUCGCACACGAUGUCGCCGCACCAAAAGCAUCCCCUGGGUUUUUUGAAAAUGCCACCGGCCGUCGCUAGCAACGGUCCGAUUUCGUCGACGUCGCCGCCCACCAGUAUUAGCAGCAGCCCGUUGAAUCGACUCCAGAACAUGCAACCGUUCGAUUAUCGAAAACUAGGACCGAGCAUAUCGGCAUUUUCGAAUCGCGUCAGUCCGGAGAUGACGUCGCGACGCCGUACCGGAGAAACCGAACCGCCCUCGGUCGGUCUCAACCUAAGCAUGGCGACGUCGUUGCCGAAUUGUCUACCGCCGCCGCCGCCGCCACCACCGACGUCUUUAGCGCACUCUGCGGCCGCGAUGGCCGCCGCUGCCAAUUCUCUAGCGGCCGCCAGUCUCGUAGCUUCGUCCUUUCCCGGCCUGAUGACCGCCCGUAUGUCGACCGGACGAAGCAAAUCGCCGGACAUGUUUUGCGGCAACAGCGAAGAAGAAGACGCCGACGAGAAUUCGCAAAGCGUGUUGAAUUUGAGCCGUGACGCGUCGUCGAAGACGCCGAAACACGGCGUACGCGCGUUACCCGGCAGAAAACCGUCGACACCGACGAAACGUCAAUGGGGCUCGCCCGGUUUACCGUUAAAUUUGGGCACGCAAUUUAUUAACCCCGCGACCGGCAAGAAACGCGUCCAGUGCAACGUCUGUCUGAAAACGUUCUGCGACAAGGGCGCGUUGAAGAUACAUUUUUCCGCGGUGCAUUUGCGCGAAAUGCACAAAUGCACCGUCGAGGGUUGCAACAUGAUGUUCAGUUCGCGACGUUCGAGGAACCGGCACAGCGCGAACCCGAACCCGAAGCUACACUCGCCGCAUCUGAGGCGGAAAAUAUCGCCCCACGACGGGCGCAGCUCGCAAUCGCAUCCCUUAUUGAUACCGCCCCAGACGGGGCUGUCUUUGCCGGCAGCGGCCGCCGCCCUGAAUCCUUUGAAUCCGUUCGGUCCGUUUCCGUUGCUGACGCCUCCGCCGGACAUGAAGUACCAUUCUCUAGCGACGAUGGAUUUUAAGCAAACGUUAGAUUUAAGCAUGCAACGGAUCGAGGAGAACAACAAACACGUAGCCAAAGAUUUCGCCGUUUCGGCGCUCGUCGGUAACCAGCAAACGUCCGAGGAAGAGGAGGACGACGACGACGGCGGCGGCAUCGUCGUCGUCGGCGGCGACGACGACGACGAAACAAUGCCGGAAAAAUGCGACGAAACGAAUCAGCCGAAAGACUUCAGUAUGCCCGCGAAGAAGCAAAAAAUGUCUGUGUCGGACGCGGACAGUAACGAAGAGGAUUCGUCGAGCGUCGUCGACAAUCACAGUUUGAAAGACGAGGCGAACGUGUCGACGAACAACAAGCGGAAACGGAAAAGUCAGAAUCCUACGCGUUGCGCGGUCGCGACCGCGAUGACGGACGACGCGGUUAGCGACGCGGAUUCGUCGAACGACGAUUUUGUCGUCGACGCGUCGAAAAAAAACGACCAAGUCGAACGACGCGAGUCGUCGCCUUUAGAUUUGGGCGCGGCGACGCGUAGUCCGGACGUGAACGCAAACGAGCCGGAAAAAACGUCCGAAAUCAAAACGUCACUCGCUCCACUAUUUUCGAUCGACAAGUCGAAAAAAGAGAAACCGCUCCACGAAGCGGACGCGGCGUCCUCGCACGAAGAGACGGACGAACGGCCUGCCAGUUCAGUCGAGAGCAACAAAAGCGACGAAUCAUUCGACGCGUUGAACCCGUUACGGCAUCUCGAGUCGUUGUCGCACGGCCACUUCGGCGACAUGAUGACGCGCGGCCUUCAUUUGGGAUUGAGUUCCGCUUCCCAAUUCCCGCCAUUGGGGUUUAUGAUGGGCCCCCCGAGUCCCGCGAGGUCGCAAGCGUCGUCGGCGGGCAGCAGCAACGGCGCCGAAUCCGCGGACGAGAAUAGUCAAAACCAAAUAUUCGGUCAUUUCGAUAACGGCCAGUUUAUCAGCACGAUGGACGUGCCUAUCGAUAAAGACAAUCCGCGACGUUGCACCGCGUGCGGUAAAAUAUUUCAAAAUCAUUUCGGCGUGAAGACGCAUUAUCAGAACGUGCAUUUGAAAUUGAUGCACAAGUGCAACGUCGACGGUUGCAACGCGGCGUUUCCGUCGAAACGCAGCCGGGAUCGGCACAGCGCGAACCUGAACCUUCACCGGAAACUCUUGUCGACGUCGUCCGACAAAAGCGGCGGUAGUUUGUCGCCGUUUAAUUUCGCCGCGAAUCCGACGCUGCACGGCGAUUUCCUGACGCGUUUUUACGCCGAGGAAGCCCUCAAAGGCGGCCACCAUUUGCCUCCGCCGAAUUUGGAUCAGCUCAUAUUGAACGGCGACAGAAUACCGCAUCCUCCGCUGCUGUUGCCGCCGUUAGGCAAUCUUCCGUUUCCGUUGAGUAGUUUCGGUCAUUUUAAUCAAUUCAACGGCAAUUCGACGCGCAAAGAACGAUCGUCGAGUUCGAGUUCGCCCCAAUCCUCUUCCCCACCACCGUUGAAUUUAUCGCCCGGUCCCGUAAAGUACGUGCAUUGCGUCGAGGAAGAUCUGCCAACCCCAGACCGCGACGGUAACCUACCCUGUCGAUUUUGUCGUACGACUUUUUCGAAUCCGUCGCAAUUGAAAGAUCACUGCGAGCGGAAUCAUUUGGGGGACAUGUUUAAAUGCACGGUGAUGGGGUGUCCGAAGGUUUUCGUCUCGCGGACGAGGAGAAACGUCCAUUCGGAGAACGAGGCAUCGCACGCGACGUCGACGGCGAAAAACGAUUCGGACGUGUCGUGACCUUCGAGAGGCGGCGCGUUAGAGUUAAGGACUAUCCCGUCGUGGUGGUGAUCAAACCAGUAAAGUACUUAUCCGCGGUUAGAUAAUUUCCUAUAUGUGAUUAUAGAUUAAUUGAUUCUUAGGGCGUAGACUUUUCUUUUUAUGUUUUGUCUUUUUUUUUUUGAAGCCAGUGUUGUUUUUCAUUUUUAAUUUAUUUCGCUUGUAUAAAGGUUUUUUUGUUUUUGAUACGUUUUAAUUAUUACUAAGUAGGACCCAAACUUGUACAAAUACGAAUAUGUAGCCAGUCCAGAAAUGAAUACUCAUUUUGUAAAUAAUCGUAGUCGUCGUAGUAGUUCUUUUCGUUUUGUUUUUUUUUCUUCUUUUUGAGGACGCUACCUGCAUGUGAAUAAUAAAAGAUUGCUCAUUUUCGUGGUAACAAAGUAAUAAACUAAAUGUAAUCGAUAUUAUUCACUGUCAACAAAUUUUAGUGAUCUAGUAAACCAAUGUAUAUUUAAAUGUGCAAUAACGUUGUAAAUACGCCCACAUUGCUUAUAUUUAUGUAUAGAUGUACAUAACGCGCAGUUUUAAAGGACAAAUACUUGAAUUCCUAACGGUAUACGAAGCGCAAAAAAAUCCUGAAUCCCUUUUUAAGUUUUGCACGCGUCAAAUUUUGAAGAAAUAACAAACAUUUUCGGUUCAAUAUUAAUCGAUCAAAUGUUAUUUGUUAUUGCACCAUCCCCGUGUACAGAAAAAAUAUGUAUCGCCUUUUAUGGGCUUAAUAAAAAUAUA